AUUUAGUGGCGAUGAAGACAGUGAAGAGGAAGAAGAAGAAGAAUACACAGGACUGGGUGAUGCUGAUGUUGAUGCAGUCACUGAAAUCACUGAACAACAUUGCUGUCUGAACGAGUCAGAGAUAAAAGAAUGACGAACAACUUGCAAGAGAGGAAGUUCUCUUUCAUAUUUGGUAUAUCGAUCUUGCUCGUAUCACUAACCAUUCUUCUCCUAACCAAUGACACGAUAGAUCUCUUCCCUUACUUGUCUCUCUCUUAUCUCCGCCGUUCUUCCCUCUCCGACCUCUCCACCACCGCCUCUCCCUCCAACCCAAGGCCAUCUCCCUCUCCGGCCACAGUUGCUUCACCGACCUAUGACUCGUCACUCAACGAGUCACCAGUCAAUCGUGCUCAAGACGGCAAGGAUGGUGAUCAGGGAACAGAUGAACCACCCACCAAUGACUCGUUACUCAACGAGUCACCAGUGACUCAGUCUCUGGACGAUUUUGAUGGUCGAGGAAAAGAUGAGCUCGGAAACGGAAUGAUCGUGGGAUGGAGAAGAUGCGAGAGUACGGAUUACAUUCCGUGUCUGGAUAACACGAAAGCCAUAAAGAGACUAAAGUCAAGGAGACAUAUGGAACACAGGGAGAGACAUUGCCCUUCUCCUCCUCCAAAAUGUCUUGUCCCCUUGCCCAAACACUAUAAGAUCCCCCUUCCUUGGCCUCAGAGCAGAGACAUGAUUUGGUACGACAAUGUUCCCCACCCAAAGCUCGUCGAAUACAAGAAAGAUCAGAACUGGGUACGCAAAUCUGGGUCAUUCUUUGUAUUCCCUGGUGGCGGUACUCAGUUCAAAGACGGUGUCAUUCACUACAUCAACUUCAUACAAAAGACUCUACCGGUUCUUGAGUGGGGAAAGAAUGUUAGAGUAGCACUAGACGUGGGUUGUGGAGUUGCCAGCUUUGGUGGGACUCUUCUGGAGAAAGAUGUGAUCACAAUGUCGUUUGCCCCUAAAGACGAACACGAAGCUCAGAUUCAGUUUGCCUUAGAACGCGGAAUUCCCGCCACUCUUGCUGUCAUCGGAACACAAAUGCUACCUUUCCCUGGGAAUUCUUUCGAUGUUAUCCAAUGCGCCAGAUGCAGAGUUCAUUGGCACGGAUACGGUGGGAGACCUCUACUUGAACUCAACAGGAUUCUUCGCCCCGGAGGAUUUUUCGUAUGGUCUGCAACCCCGAUUUACAAGAACGACGAAAAGCACCUGGAUGUUUGGCAAACAAUGGAGUCGUUGACGAAAUCUAUAUGCUGGAAAGUAGUGGCAAAAACCCGGUUUUCAAGCGUCGGAUUCGUGGUUUACCAGAAGCCGGAAUCAGAUUAUUGCUAUCAAAACCGCAAGGAGAACAAUCCGCCUUUGUGCACAGAAGAAGAGACGAUGAAGAACAGUUCAUGGUACACUCCUCUGAUCAGCUGUCUUCCAAGAACUCAAACAGGAGUACAAAUGCAAUGGCCUCUGCCUUGGCCCGCAAGGCUAACCGAACCGCCAGUUAGCCUUUCAGAGGACCCAAACAAGAAAGAGAUUUUCAGACAAGACACGAGACGUUGGUCUGAAAUCGUGUCGGAAUUCUACAUAGACAAUUCAUCCAUUAACUGGACGAGGAUCCGUAACGUUAUGGACAUGAACGCUGGUUAUGGCGGAUUCGGGGCCGCUCUAAUGGACCGGCCAGUCUGGGUAAUGAACGUGGUUCCUAUCGAAGGGGAAGAUACACUAUCCAUAAUUUACGACAGAGGGAUGAUUGGAAUGUACCAUGACUGGUGCGAAUCUUUCAACACUUACCCAAGAUCUUAUGAUCUCCUCCAUUCCAGUUUCCUUCUCAGCAAUCUUUCUCAGAGGUGCGAUCUGGUGGACGUGGCAGUGGAACUGGACAGAGUACUGAGACCAGGAGGGUACCUUGUGGUGCAAGACACCAUUGAAAUGCUCCAGAAGCUAAACCCUAUCCUCUUGUCUCUUCAAUGGUCAACCAAUCUCCAUAAAGUCAACCGCUUUCUCUUUGCCCAGAAAACUUUCUGGCGUCCUUAAUUUACACUCGGAAAGUGUUGACAAGAGAAAAGGGUAUGACUUUGCAACUUUUAAACUUUUAAUAUUUUUCUUUGAUCAUUGAAAUAAAUUGAGGGACUAGAAGGGUAAAAAGGAAAAUGAUGAAUUAGAAUAUAUGUUAUCGUUUGUAUUUUAUUGUGGACCUUAUAUCUAAUUAGACUUUAUCUUGGUUCA